AGGACACUGACAUGCAGAGCAGAAUACACGAGAAGAGGGGCAGUUACGCUUGCCUUUAGAAGUUCAUGUCCUUCAGAAAAAAAAGUCUGGGAAUGACUGAACAGGAAAUAUGACUUUUAAAAAACCAAAAAAAAACCAAAAUUGUUUUAGAAAAGGGAGGAGGAGCCUCCUUCAGAGGAAGUGCGGCAUCCAGCAGAUUUGGAAAACUCAAACUAGAACCUGGGUACGUGGAUCUCCAAGUUCCACGUCAACAUCAAAAAAUACACGAAGCGGUGGUCCUAGCUUGAAGAAAGGUGAUUUUCCAGGAGACUCUCGCAGCAAGUGACUUUCACCCAGAAGGAGUUGCAGCAAUGAGGAUUUCCCCGGUCUUGGUUUGGAUUCUUUUCCCAGGCUGCUGGGCAGUGACAGGCCCUGGGACAGUGCAUGGGCCCCUGGGCGGGUUGGUGACUGUGCAGUGCCAGUAUGAGAGAGGCUACAAGGAUUAUCCGAAAUUCUGGUGCAGAGCAGGAACCCUGCUCUGGUUCCAGUGUUCCAGUGCUCAAAUCGUUGAGACCACGGGGUCGGAGACAGAGGUGAAGUGGGGCAGAGUCUCCAUCCGAGACAAUCACACCCUGAGCGCGUUCACCGUGACCGUGGAGAACCUGACACUGGCAGACGCCAGCAUGUACCACUGCGGGGUAGACAGGACUUUGCUUCCUGAUCCCAGGGCCACUGUGGAACUCACCGUCUCCGAAGCCAUCCAUACCUCCACCUCCACUGGAAGGCCCCCAGCGACAAGAGAGCAGCCCAGCGGGGCUGCUUCCACACCCAUUACACUCUCUAUAAGCAGCAACGACACUCAUGCACUAUCCCAGUUCAGCAACGUCCAUUUCUUGCUCCUGUUCAUCUGGAAAGUCCCCAUCUUUCUGUGCAUCAUCUGGGUGAACAUACGGUAUAGGAAGAACUCCAGGGAGAUGACAGACAGACAUGGACCUUCCUAGUUUAGGAAUCGCUUGGAACCAGCAGAAGAAAUAUUGAGCUCCCAGCUCUGUGCACAGCAGCUACUCCCACCUAGAGCUCACAUGGAUCUGUAUAAAUGAAAUCCUAUAACAGUCAGCCCUGCUGAAGGGUUCAGUGGAUCCAGAUCUUACUCCAGAGUGAGGACAAAGGCGAGGAUGAGCCCCCAGGGGCACAGUUCCCAGGAGCGGCGCCAGAGUUUCUGGUGCCCUAGGCAGAAUUCGGGGGGGGCGGCAUUUUGUGCACUCCCCACGGGGCGCACGGGACCUUUCGGUUCCACUCCCAUCGUGCCACUGAAGGACCCUCCCCCAAAAUGCCGCAGGCGACAGCGGCAGUCAUUGAGCUGCUCAAUUGCCUGCCGCUGUUUUCUGCGGCAUGUCGGCAGAAGGUCCUUCUUCUGUGGCGCGUUGGGAGUGGAACCAGAAGCUCCCGUGUGCCCCGUGGAGAGUGCAAAAAUGCCACCCCCUGAAUCCUGGCACCCUAGGCAACCGUCUAGGGUCACCUAAUGGAAGGGCCGGCCCUGACAGUUCCCUAUCACAAACAUAGAGGAAAUAUAAGGUGUAGGAGCCUGAGUAGUUGGAAGGAGAGACUCAUCCCCUUCCCGCAGUUUGAGUUUGGCUCUUACCAGCUGGAUUGCACUUUCUACAGCUCCUUUUCCAUCGUUCAUCUUCACCCCUCCGGUCUCUUCUACAGCAAGCUCCUGGCAACGACUCAAACAUAAUCACAGACAUGCACACGAAGAGAUUAGCCUCAGAUUGUAUCUCAAAACUGGUCAUCUCAUUUACUGCUAACCUGUAACACACGGCACCAAUGAAAUGUGUUUUGCAAUAAAGCAUUUUCCUGGUGUUCUGCA